AUGAUUAAGGGGGUCGGAAUAAAAUGGUCAAGUCGAUCUCCUAUUGUGCUUGCAAAACGAUGGAAUAGCACCAAGCCAUUCUAUAUCACUACUCCUAUAUUCUACGUUAAUGCCAAACCUCAUUUAGGACAUUUAUAUUCGAUGCUACUUGGAGAUACGAGGAUUCGAUGGGAGAAAUUGGAUCCUACCAAUAAGGCAUACUUCUUAACUGGGACAGAUGAACAUGGAUUAAAGAUUCAAGCAGCAGCUGAGAAAUUAAAUAUGGAACCUAAGGAAUUAGUUGAUCAAGUUUCUCAAAAUUUUAAAAAUCUUGCUGAAGUUUUGAAUGUUAACUAUGAUAGAUUCAUGAGAACUACUGAUGCUGAUCAUGCUGAAGUGGUUAAGUAUUUCUGGAAUUUAAUGAUGGAAAAGGGUUAUAUUUAUGAAGGAUCUCAUAGUGGUUGGUAUUCCAUUAGUGAUGAGACAUUUUAUCCAGAGACUCAAAUUGAAGAAAUCAUUGAUAAAGAUAAUAAUAAGAAAAUGAUUGCUAAGGAAUCACGAAAUGAAGUGGUGUAUCAAGAUGAGAUCAAUUAUUUCUUUAGAUUAAGUAAAUUCCAAGAUCAAUUACUUAAACAUUUUGAAGCUAAUCCUGAAUUCAUCUUACCAACGCAAAGAUAUAAUCAAAUUUUAAAGGAAUUAAGAGAAACGAAAUUUGAAGAUUUAUCAAUAUCAAGACCUUCCAGUCGAUUAAAAUGGAGUAUUGAAGUCCCCAAUGAUCCAAGUCAAAAGAUUUAUGUUUGGUUCGAUGCACUUUUAAAUUAUAUUACCGCUACAGGUUAUCCUCAAGCAUUUACAAAGACGGAUGAUGGAUAUAUCACACCACAAGAUAAUCCAUGGCCUGCAACUCAUAUAGUUGGGAAAGAUAUUAUCAAAUUCCAUUGUAUAUAUUGGCCUAUUUUCUUAAUGGCAGCUGGAGUUGAUGUUCCCAAACAAGUUAUUGUUCAUUCACAUUGGUUAAGUGAUGGAUUUAAAAUGAGUAAGAGUUUAGGAAAUGUGGUUGAUCCUUUAGAAAUGCUUGCUUAUUAUGGUCAAGAUUCGAUUCGAUUCUUUUUAAUGGAGAAUUCUAAUAUUGAUGAUGAUUGUAAGUUUAGUGAGAAUUUAUUAGUAUUAUCUCGAGAUAUGAUCAUUGGGAAAUAUGCUAAUUUAGUAACUAGAAUCGGAGGUAAAUCAUUUAAUAUUAGAGAAAGUAUUGAAUAUUAUCAUGAUAAGAAAUAUGAAGGGAUUAAUGAAUUGAUUGAACAAUAUUCAGUGGAUAAAUCUAAAGUUGAAGAAUUGAUUAAAACUAAAGAUGAGUUGAUUAUUGGGUUAGAUUCAAUAUAUGAGAAGAUGAAUGAGAAGAUAAUUAAAUUUGAUUAUAUUAGAGCUAUACAAGAAUGGUGGUUAAUCAUUGAUAAAGCCAAUUAUUUAUUUCAAAAUGCUGAACCAUGGUUAUUAGUGAAACAGAUUAAACAAAAUAAAGAUGAUAUAAAAGUUAAUGAACAAAUUAAAGUGGUGAUUAAUUUUUAUACAUUUUUAGCUAGUGAGACUUCAAGAAUAUCAUCGAUAUUGAUUAAUCCUGUUAUGCCAGGAUUAUCAACUAAGAUAUUAGAUAGAUUAGGAGUUGAACAAGGGAAGAGAUUUGUUAGUGAUUGUAAAAUUGGAAAAGAUUUGAGUUAUGGAGUUGAUGCUAAUUCCACUAAACAUAAGUUGCCGAUUGAAAGAGUUGAAAUAAGAGGGAAUUCAGUUGAAAAGUGA